AUGAGAGGUCGCAGGCGGACGAUGGUGACUAAAGAGGACCGAAGUGAAAAGGAAACUAAUUCAGAUAAGAAAAUGGACCAGAAAUUUGGGGGAUCUCGGUACUCAAUUCUCGAGAAAAUAGGGGAUAUGAAUGGAGGUGAUCAUGGGAUUGUGAAUCAUAAUCUGCUACGUGAAUCUCAUUCACAUGAAUAUCGUUCACCUAAUAGAGAAGGACUUAAAGAUGGACGUGAUGAGUGGCGUAAGGAGAUAUAUCAGGACAAGCAAAAAAAUAGGAAACAAGGAGAGGGCCAGCGAGUUGGUACAUGUGAUAUUGGGCCAGUCAAGAUUGGGCCUUGUCAAAUUGGUAGUAGACCCAAUGACCAAAAGUCCAAGAGGAAUGGCCAUCAGACUGGGAAAAUUUGCUCCAUAAGCUGCCAUUAG